AUGUUUGUAAAUAUGACGUGGCUCUCAAUUCUGACCAUAUGUAUCCUUAUUUCGGGCGCAUUAGUGGUGAAAGGGAGUUCCUCAGAUGCAGAUGAUGGAACCCCUGAAACGGAGAUGACUGAAAUCAAACUUCUUCUGCAAAAGUACGGGACGCAAAUAGAAUCCCUUCAAAGGGAGAAUGUACGACUUGAAAAGAAACUAACCACCCUUGAAAGACAAUGUAAAUUGCAUGACCAAGGAAGCGAUACAAAUUCAGGCUCGGUAGAGGGACUCGACGAAUCAGGUGGCUUGGGAAUGCCUGGCAAAACAAUACGGAAAUCAGGAAGAUAUCAUGAUUCCUCAACCGACAGCAUAAUUGCUUUCCACGCCAUUCUCGCUCAUACUAUAUCAGACCCAGCACUGGAACAUAUCAUCCCGUUCGAUAAAAUCCUCACAAAUAUCGGUGCUCACUUUAGUCCUCAAACCGGUGUGUUCACUUGCGAUGUGAUUGGUGCUUACCAUUUCUCCUGGAUGAUUAAGGUUCCUGGUGGGUAUUACAUUGUUACGGAGCUUGUUCGUAAUGGUGCUGUGAUAGGUACAGCCAUGAGUGGAGAUGAUUCGUACUGGACGACUGGUGCGGCGUCAGUUAUUACGAUGUUAAAUCCCGGUGAUGAGGUGUGGGUACGAGUAUCUGAACACAAUGGUGGAGCGGACAUCGCCCCUACUUUUUCAAUGUUCAACGGGUUUCUAUUACACUGA